UUUUUAAAUAAUAAUAAUAAUUAAACAAAAAUUACUUAGUGGUGCCCGGGCCUUCACCGCUACCUGCUAAUCAAUACUGCACAAAAACAAUCCUCAGCAAAAAUCCUAAUAUUUGCUGCGGGGCUACAAUCAUUAAUAGUGUUACCAAAAUAUAAUCCCUUGCUUGAUAAAAGUCUACACCUGUGCAUACUGUAUUGUGAAGGUGUUAUCAAUUACACACACAUACCUUACAAUCUCGUGGUAGUAUGCAAACACAAGAGCCGAAAUGACUUCUAAGGUUUAUUUCUGACUUCUCAAAUGGCAAUGCUUAUUCUCUCAUCGUACCCCCAGCAUAGAUACACACUGUAUCUUUUCAUUCAUCUUAUCUUGAAAACGUUCAUCAAUUCCAUCUGGGCUUUGCUGACAUCACAACCGUGAGACUAAAUAAACGACAUGGUGAGAAAUCUGUGAUUAGAAUUGCCUUGUGAGAUGCAAGCGAAUAUUAUGAGGAGUUGAGUGUUAAGAAGAGUGUGACAAGUGCGAGACACGAUAGAGAGGAGAGAAUGCGGUCCGACCCGAUUGAGUCCUGGGUGUGUCGACCCCACCUUUAGGCGAGGUUUGCUCAGUACUAUUCGUAAAGCGUAAUAAAACACACCCUGAAUCAAACCGGCGGAUGUGCUCAUUAUUUUAGCCACUUGGAUGAUCCAAGAAGUGGUCUACUACCAAUGCCUACUUGUCUAAGGCGGGGUGGGGCAGAGACUUGGUCCACAAGACUUUUUUUUUGUUUUUUUUUUUUUGGGAAACCAAGCACAAGUCAACUAAUCACAUGCCUGUGUAGCUAUUAAGUCUACCAAUGGAGUAGCUUGCUCAACAAACAGCUCUUUGUCAUAUUGCAACGCCAAUGAAUACCGGAAAAACCAGACUCAUAAAACAGAGUUUCAACAGUGUGAUAUUGUGUGCGAGUGUGCGAUACCAAAACGCUGUGUGCACAUGAAGAAGAAGGAAAAGAUGAAUCCAUGAAACCCUCACUCAGGCAUGCUUGGAUGAGGGUGGUUCUUUUACAAAGUAAGUUCCUGUUUGUGGGAACUUCUCAGAAGUGAACGCAGGGCACAAUCUACUAUUCAGCGCACAGAAUUGAGCUAUGCAACUCUGACAUUUUUAUAUUUCCCCAGAAUGAGUUACAUCCCCUGUCACAAUAAGAAUUCCAGUAGCUUGGAACAACAAAAUAAGAGCCAGAAUGCUUCUCUUUUAGCAUGUUGUGAGAUUUUCAUUUCAUUGCUAUUCAAGGUCGGGUAGAACAUGACGAAUGUUUGUCGGAUGAUAAUUCCUUGAUGAUGUUUGUGAAAGGAGGGAGCCUUUCAAAAUGUCUGUGAGAAGUCAAGCAGUGUGCACAUGCCAGACGAGCACAGCCAAUGAGACUGCAGCGUUACACAAUAGUAAAACUCCUCGCCUGUGGUUCUUUCUUCAAUCCACUCAUUCCUUUGCUGUUUUGCACGUCACACCCUGCCAAAGCACAGAUGAGUACUCAGUGUCUAGUGGUGGUUGAGAAUAUUUUAAACUUUGAGGUGGGAGGUUAUGAAUUAGAAGGGAGGGCGAGUUUAGACUUACCUCAAAGGUUCAGUUUGGACCAUGGCGGCAUUCGCCGCCUUGCUUCCGGUGUGGGCGAGCUCGUUUUUUUUGAUGAUCAUUUGCUACUGCUCCCGAGUGACACAUAUGCACGAUCGCAAAAUCUCAAACCCACAUACGGAAUACACAUCUGGCUCGUGACACAUCAACGGAGACAAACAAAGGCAAACACUUACUCAUUCACUAAGGGAGUGACGCAAAAAUCUUUUUUUUCUUUUUACUAAAGUAUGUUUUAGAAGAUUGGUCAUUGCUUUAAUUUCUCUGCGCCCACGCCUUGGUUAUUUAUGUUGGCGUUCGGGGCUUUGUGAAAAUUUACUAUUGUAGGAAAACUUGAGAUCACACUAGUCGAAUUAGCAGCGCUACAUUUGGUUAGCACGCGUGCCAUGCAGUCAAAGGUUCAGCGUUCAAAAUUCACUCAGUGCUUUAUAUGCAGCUAAUUUGAACUCAAAUCUGAGGAAAACCACAAUAAGCACAAGUAAUAAACCCCCUCGAUUUUCUCGCAGCCACAAAACCUUUAAUCACUCUUCAGCAAAAUGACAAAACAUUUUCAAAACACUCCAGGCGGCAUGGAUGUUUGUAUGAAUGGCAAACAAAGAUUUCCCAGUGCAAAGCUAAAAUAAAUAAAUGAUUGAAAGAUAGAAGCUAUACAAAGUGAUGGAAAGCUUCAAUGGAAAAGCAAUGAAAAUCAAAUUAAAACAUGAAGCAAAGCAAAUGAAGCCUUGCUCUAAUUGUUUCCAUCUCUCCUGUUGGCUGCUUGACUUUGAACUAAAUCAAAUGAAAAAAUUGGGGAAACUAUUCAAAACAACAGACUAAUUGUGGAGCUGACAUGAGGCCCUUGUGUUUUUCUACAUCACGGCCUUCGCUAGGGCAAAUGUGAGGCGUCCAAGCCACUGUUUACACUCUGUUCUUAAAAAAAAAAUACACAUUUGCCCAGGCUGACCCGUUUCCAUGGUUACCGGCCAGUGGUUUUUCAUCCAAGCUUCACGAUACCUCACCCCCACUGCUGUGUUUUUUUCUGUGUCGGCAUAACAUUCAACUCCAGUUUCUCCUCACGUGAUUUGAGUCCUUUUCGGGAACAUAUCUGCUCCGCCUGUUUCCGGCUGAGAGCCACCCCUGUGUUUAGGCUGUGCCCACAAAGUCUCUCUCUCUCUCUCUCUCUCUUGCUCUCUCUGUUUUUCUUGCUCUCUCGCCUCCCCUUCAAUGAAAUGCAGACAUGCACGCUGUAUUCUCACUUCAGUUCAAAUGAAAACAACUCCAAGCCGUAGCUAGGCAACUCUAAAAUGUGAGUCAUCCAACUGCCGCACCCGUAGUCGACUGAUCAACCUCCCCCCCCCCCCCCUUCCUGCAACAAACACACACACACACACAACCUUCAGAUCUCGUUUCAGUCAAAAAAUACGGUUGUAACUUGUCGCUGUCACUCCCAACAAACUGGCAUAAUAACACACUGGAGCCAUCUUGAUUUCAUAAUGACAACUGCAUGAUUGGUUGUGUUGAAUUGUCAGAUAGUGGAAGAUAGUGAUCUUAUCAAGUUCAAUUUACAAUUUCCACCUCAUGGUCAAUGGGAUUUUAAUCCCUAGUGUGUCAUAGCAACUACAUUCUCAACAACACUGCUAAAUGGAUAUAUAAAAUGCAGCAGGGCGUCCUCUAGUGGACAGAAGGGAGCAUUACCUCAUAAAAAAUGUGCCCUACUCAGGGAUAACACAAAGUUUGUUUACUAGGAGCUACUGGGAAUUUAAGGGGCGCAAAUUGAAAAUUCGACUAUCAGAAUAGAUUUUUAUUUGUCAUUUUCAGUAUGUUACUGAUGAGUUGACUGAAAUGUGGAGCACAAAUCUGUCACCAAAAACAAAUUCAACAAUAGAAGUUUAAAAAAGAAAUCUGCAAAUUUUCUUGAUAAUAGUAGAUGAAAAUAUAAAAUUUAGGAAUAAAAUGAGAGGAUGGUCAAUUGAGGGCCAAUUAGCAAACAGGUGUGCCGCCAAGAAAUCAUAAAAGCCGCUCCCUUAAGUCACAUGAUCCCCAGUAUUUUGCCACGUAGACACAAAAACUAAACCUGGCAAUGCAUUUGAAACCCAAACUAUAUUCUCCCAUCGCUGCCCUCUUUAUUUCCACCAUCUUAACCUUAGGUCUACCCCAUGCAUUUUGCAAACCUACCUCUUAUUACUCUCACCCCAAUUUAAAUCUGACACCUCCAAUCGACGAGGAUAACGGCGUGACGACAAAAAGCCUCAAAAAUAAUUUCAGUCAAGAAGACGCUCGGCGGCAAUUACCUUCGGGAAGGCAAGUAGAAUUUGCUACAUCUACAGCAGUAGCGGACAACGCUAACAAAAAUGGCCCAACAAGGAGUCGAAAUUCUUCUGAAACGGGAAGGGAGGAGAUUGGUGUUCCUGACGACUGCACCUCGGGUCAAAUCCAGCACGUGGUCUAUGGGAAGUUCUUCAUCCCCGGUCAACUUAAAGCAAACAUUCCUCGACAUCAUGUGGACCGUCAGUCUCAUUCAGAUGUUACAGGAAAGAGUAAAGUGAAGAUGCCAGGUCAGCGGCUAAGUGGCUCCGAGGUGAUCUGGCGGAAGCUUCAGCCUGAGGUGGAUUGUGGAGACGGCGCCAUGACUUUAACUGUCAGGAGGAGACGAGCGUUCCAUCUCCUGCUUGACCGAGGGAAUGAAUCAUCUCUUAGCCUCUCCCAUCUGCCACCUCAAUGUGGCUACUCUGUGGAGACCACGUGGACAGAGCUCAGCUUGAUAGUGCAAUACAAUGCCUGUCAUGUCACACAGCAGGGGGGCAGUUAUAUGUUGCCUCUGCAAUGGAGGGGGACUCCGGUCAAGAUGUCAUGUCCUCUCUCUGCCGGCAAGCCUCCCAACAUGAGCCCUUCAUCGGUCUGUUGUUCCCCUCGUGGGAUGAAUGUCAAUCUUCCCGCCGCACAAGAUGUAAAGGUCAACGUUCGUGGAGAAUGGACUCCGGUGUUAUUGCUGGCUCAGCAGUGUGGUUACACUUUGGACAGACGAGAUACAGAAAUAUUAAUAGCUGCUCCGUUCAUAACAUGCGGUAUCACGGUAGAGGAUGGGAAACACACACUUCAUCUUCAGAUUGACGAGGGUACAUUUAUUUUGACCUGCCCUAUCUUUCCUGAAGAGACUGGAAAGUCUCUCGGAUGGCCUCCACCUUUUUACCUGGCACCUCCUUACUACCCUCACCCAACUUAUCGGCGCAGGAUUCCCGGCGCUACCCCCCCAGCGACAUCUCCUGCUGUCAAAUCGUCACCUCCUGAACCCAUCACUACUCCAACCUCAUCUGGAUCAACAAAUGCUGAAAUUUCUCAUUUGCAAGGAGUGUCCGAACAGCCCGUUACUGCUGGCUCCCCGGUUCAAGAUGCCACUUCCCAACCUCCAAGCAACCAUCACCCCGAAAUCCCUCAAUCUAACCCCACUAAAGAUUCUGAUCCGAGCCUGUCGCAAAAAUACUCCAACAUAUUUGCAGAGUUUUUCCGCCAAAAUCAACAAUCUGAAGCUGAGGCGGCAUCAUCUCAAUCCCUACAAUAUAAUCCAUAUUACUAUUAUUCCCCUUUUCCAUAUAUUCCAGCCCAUGCCUCGGAUCCCUCUUUUGGGGAGCCAGAUAAAAAUGGGAAAUUUGAUGACCUUCUAGAAUCAGACGGUCCUCCUAUGGCUUCUUAUUUUGAGGAAUCUUCCUUUCCUAUAUUCCCUUCCAACCCUUAUGACUACUAUCAAACAUAUCCUGUGGCUCCGCCCCCUAACAAACCUGUUGACCCACUUUCUCAGCACCCAUCUCAACGUUCUGAAUUCCAACAAACAGAGAUGGAUGAUGUUCAAGAGGUCAAUGCUCAUCCUAACCAUCUCGUUUUUUUGGGUCAGUUAGUACAUCCAUAUGAAGUUUUGGAGCGUGGUGACUAUGAAGAGGACAAGCUUGAUGAAAUAAUCGACUCUGGAUUAGGACCUCAAUUUUUCCUUUUGAAACCUAACUCUUUGGAGCUCCCAACCUCAAUGUGUCCUGCUCACUGCGGAUGAUGAUGACCUCUGACCCUGACAUUUACAUGGUGGUCCCGGACGACUGAUGCAAGAAACCACCAAUAAAGAUGCAAAAGGUAUUCCCCAUUGUAUUACAAACUGUUUAUUUUUUUUAAGAUAAACAUGGUCUCUUCAAUAUAGUGCAAAACAAAAGCACUCCUCUAAGGCAUUGAACAGCAGGGAGUCUUUUGGGUUCCCAAAAGAAGAAAAUGUAACAGAAAUGUCACUAGCAGGGUCUGUAAAAUUUGACCUUCAACAAAAUCCAACAAUUUUAGUUUGUACCUAAAAAUAAUUGCAGGUUAUACAAAUAAAAUAACUUUACUAACUACUAUAAAAGACUUAGCAAAUUUGACAGAAAAAUGUUCAGUGUGACACAAUUAUUAAAGUUACAUACUUGUAUAUAAACUAAAAUUUCAACAAAAUUAUUAAGUUGUCUUAUUACAGUAAGUUUCUUUUCAAAUUAAAUUUGACAUUUUCCAUACAGUGUUUAAAUGGUUAACCAUAGUUUCAACUGUUAGCUUCCCUGUGUUACCCGAAAUGUAAAUCCCAUAUGAACUCGACAAAUGAUUAUUCAAAGCGAGCACUUGCAUAUAAUAAUAUUGAAUCCCAUAUAAGAGCACACGUGGCGUUGACAUUUUGAAAUUUGCUUAAUGAACAGCAGAGUAGCGGACAGCGUAGCCCAGCAGGUUUCUCUUGAUCUGUUUCAAGAGGAUAAUGGAGCACACCAGAGUAAUGAUCUAUAAUAUGGACACAGAAAGUAGAGGGGAAAUUAAAGCCAAAGGGGAAGAAGCAGUCAUGGUGAGAGCCAAAAAGUCUUAGUGUGUGAUGACGUUUUGAAUUGUGGAA